AUGUCCUUUUUCCCGCGGUUGGAUCUGCCCGUGCGCAGUACAUGCUACCACGGCGGACGGACACACGAGAACGGGUAUGGCUACGUCGAUGACAGUGUGGUUGACCGGCUGCUGGAGGAGGAGGAAGUUCGCUUGAAUCAAUACUUUGAAACGUUGAGGUACACGUCGGCGCCGCAGCCGUUGGGGUGGAAGUAUCGUUCUUCCGUGCUCAAUGAUGGUUCCACGACGUGUUAUGGACAAGCCGCUCGAGGCAGUGUUACGCAAUCCAACGAAGCAUAUGCAGACGUAGUGAACGAAGACGAGGAAGAAGAGGAGGAGCUCAUAGAAACCCAGGACGAUGAGCUGGUUUUGGACGACGACGACGACGACGAGUUGGAUGAAGACAUGGAAAUGGACGAAGAUGAAACCGAUCAUCUGCAUCCGACACCAACACCAGUCGACCAACGGCGUGGAUCUCCCCAUGGUGGUGGCGGCGGCGGCGUCGAAGCUGGGGGGCAUGUGCACGGACCCAUCCAAACUGUGAACCUCACCAGUUUCCUCGAAUCGCCCAUUGAUGCCGCGUUCGUUCGUCCCCCGCAACGCUUCUCCGUAGGCAGCUACGACAAUGGCGGCGGAUCUUCUGCUCGCCAGCGUCGCCGCUUUAGUCUUCCGCGCACGGACCGUCCGACGACAUUUAGCGACUCGCGGCGGAGCAGUAUCAUGUCCACAGGAAGUUCAGUUGAGUACAACCGGCAAACCCCUACGCGACGAUUCAGCUUCUCUAGCCCCAGCAUCAUUGGCACACCCAGCACCCCUGCUAACGACACUACCGACGACAGCACUGUGCCGCCCCAGCCCCCGUCCGACGUGUCGAACCCUUUGGCAUGGGACUUUUUGAGUUUGCGAUGACGUUAGCCACCCAUCCCUUGUAAACGCAGCAGCCCUGCAUAGCCAGUGAAAUAUAUCGUUUAGUUAGUUGGCUUAUUGCUUAACACGGGGAAUAUCUUCGCCUCGUGACCACUGGAAUUACUGCUUUGACAUCAUGGAGACAUCUUGGAGAGAUAGAAAUUGAAGGAC